AUGGUGGAGGUAUCUGUUUCAGUUGCUGGGAGCUUUUGGGGAAAGGAAGAGUGUGGUUUUUCUUUUUCUGCUUCGGUUGGAAUGGCUGGAGGCUUACUUAUGCUUUGGAGUAGCAAAACAGUGUCGAUUUUGGCUAGCUUUAGAGGUGAGGGAUACCUUGGUUCGAAGGUGGAAUGGAAAGGAGGUAUUUUUUAUAUUGUUAAUGUUUACUCCCCUUGUUCUCUAGUUUUAAAGCGGGCUUUGUGGUCGCGGUUAUUAGCUUUGAAAAACUUACAUAAUGAUGGGGAGUGGAUUUUGGGAGGUGAUUUUAAUGCGGUGAAGAAUCAGAGAGAAAGAGUGGGGCGUUCCAUGAGAAGUAGUAAUGUAGAAUGGAGGGAUUUCUCGGAUUUUAUUGAAGGAAGUGGUUUGAUGGAUGUUGCGUGUAAAGGAAAGAAGUUCUCUUGGUUUAGUGGGGAUGGUAAAUCAAAUAGUAGAAUUGAUAGAUUUCUAGUCUCGGAUAAUAUCGUUCGUUCGUGGGGUGUUGUUGGUCAAUUGAUAGGAAAUAGGGAUAUUUCCGAUCAUUGUCCGAUUUGGUUAUUGUUCGAUAAAGUUGAUUGGGGUCCCAAGCCUUUUAUUUUUAACAAUGAGUGGUUUUCCGAUAAGAACUUUUUAUCUUUUGUGAAAGAGGAAUGGAAGGGAAUGGAAGUUCUUGGUAGAGGAGACUUUGUUUUAAAGGAGAAGCUUCGUCUUAUCAAAGAUAGAUUGAGAUGGUGGAAUUUGAAUAUUUUUGGGAAGGUGGAUUUGGAAGUAGAAGACGGUGUUAGAGUUUUAAAUGACUCGGAUGAUAGGGAGAUGUGGGAAGAGGAGGUCCAUCUUAACAAAAUUAAAGCUUCAAGGAAGAUUUGGUUAAAUCUUAAACUUAAGGAGAAUAUGUUAAUUCAAAAAUCAAGGCUAAGGUGGCUAAAUGAUGGAGAUUCCAAUAGUAAAUUCUUUUAUCGUGUUAUGAAAGAAAGGCGGAGUAAGAAUCAUAUUUGCUCUUUGAACACUAGUGGUGGAGUGGUAGAAUCGGUCGGAGGGGUCAAGGAGGUGGUGAGAGGGCAUUUUGAACAUAAGUUUAAGGAGGAGUUCUUUAAUAGGCCUUUUUUGGAAGGCGUUUUGGUUCAUUCUUUGAGCGUGGAAGAUAGAGAUUCGCUAGAGGUGCUUUUUUCGGAGGAGGAGAUUAAAGAGGCGGUGUGGAGUUGA